AUGAAUGUCAGGGUAUUUUACAGUGUCAGUCAGACAUCUGCAUCAUCUCCUCUCCUAGAACCAAGGAACCCAGCAACAAUGCCUCUGUUCAAACUUACAGCUGAAGAAAAACAAAUUGAUGAUGCAACGCGUAGCUUUGCUGAAAAAGUGUUUGCUUCUGAAGUCAAAGAUGAGGGAGGCCGUCAAGAGAUUUCCCCCUUUGAUGUGGAUGAGAUCUGCCCGAUAUCUCACCAUGAGAUGCAAGCACGCAUUUUCCACCAGGAAACUCUGUCCUCCACUGACAGCAAGAGAAAAAGGCGUUUCCAAGGGAGGAAGACUGUUAGUUUGUCUAUCCCCCUAAGUGAAGCAUCUUCCACCAAACUGGCCCACAUUGAUGAAUACAUUUCUUCAUCUCCAACCUACCAGACUGUGCCUGAUUUCCAGAGAGUGCAGAUCACAGGCGAUUAUGCCUCUGGGGUUACAGUUGAAGAUUUUGAAAUGGUUUGCAAAGGUCUGUAUCGGGCAUUGUGUAUACGGGAGAAAUACAUGCAGAAGUCGUUUCAGAGGUUCCCUAAAACCCCUUCCAAGUACUUGCGCAACAUUGAGGGUGAGGCUUGGGUAACAAAUGAGAGCUUCUAUCCAGUCUUUAGCCCUCCUGUGAAGAAGGGAGAAGACCCCUUCCGAACAGAUGACCUUCCUGAAAACCUGGGCUAUCACCCCAAAAUGAAGGAUGGUGUCAUUUACAUCUAUCCUAAUAAAGAAGCAGCCAGCAAGGAUGAGCCCAAGCCACUUGCUUACCCAAAUCUGGACGUCUUCUUAGAUGAUAUGAAUUUUUUACUUGCUUUAAUUGUUCAGGGACCUGUUAAAACCUACACCCACCGGCGCCUGAAGUUCCUGUCCUCCAAGUUCCAGGUCCAUGAGAUGCUCAAUGAGAUGGAUGAGUUAAAGGAACUGAAGAACAACCCCCACCGAGAUUUUUAUAACUGCAGGAAGGUGGACACCCAUAUCCAUGCAGCUGCCUGCAUGAACCAGAAACAUCUGCUGCGCUUUAUUAAGAAAUCUUACCAUGUUGAUGCUGAAAGAGUGGUCUAUAGCACCGAAGAGAAAAAUCUGACCCUCAAGGAACUUUUUGCUAAAUUAAAAAUGCAUCCCUAUGACCUGACUGUUGAUUCUCUGGAUGUUCAUGCUGGACGCCAGACUUUCCAACGUUUUGAUAAGUUCAAUGACAAAUACAAUCCAGUAGGAGCGAGUGAGCUACGGGACCUCUACCUGAAGACAGAGAAUUACAUUAAUGGGGAAUAUUUUGCCAGUAUCAUCAAGGAGGUAGGUACAGACCUGGUGGAUGCCAAGUAUCAGCAUGCUGAGCCCCGCCUGUCAAUCUAUGGUCGGAGUCCUGACGAGUGGAGCAAGCUCUCCACCUGGUUUGUCCGCAACCACAUCUACUGCCCCAACAUGACAUGGAUGAUCCAGGUCCCCAGGAUCUAUGAUGUGUUCCGAUCCAAGAAUUUCCUUCCACACUUCGGAAAGAUGCUGGAGAAUAUUUUCAUGCCAGUGUUCGAGGCCACUAUCAACCCCCAGGCUCACCCAGAACUCAGUGUCUUCCUCAAGCAUAUCACCGGCUUUGAUAGUGUGGAUGACGAGUCCAAACACAGUGGCCACAUGUUCUCCUCCAAGAGCCCCAAACCCCAGGACUGGACAACGGAAAAGAAUCCAUCUUACACUUACUAUGCCUACUACAUGUAUGCAAACAUCACGGUGCUCAACAGCCUGAGAAAGGAACGAGGCAUGAAUACUUUUCUGUUCCGACCUCACUGUGGAGAAGCUGGAGCUCUCACCCACCUCCUGAUAGCAUUCAUGACAGCAGAUAAUAUCUCCCAUGGCCUAAAUUUAAAAAAGAGUGCUGUGUUACAGUAUUUGUUUUUCCUAGCUCAGAUUCCCAUCGCCAUGUCGCCAUUAAGUAACAACAGCCUAUUUCUAGAGUAUGCCAAAAAUCCUUUCUUAGAUUUCCUCCAGAAAGGGCUGAUGAUUUCACUGUCUACAGACGACCCGAUGCAAUUCCAUUUCACCAAGGAGCCCUUGAUGGAAGAAUAUGCCAUUGCUGCACAAGUCUUCAAGCUGAGCACCUGUGAUAUGUGUGAAGUGGCAAGAAACAGUGUCCUGCAGUGUGGAAUUUCUCAUGAGGAAAAAGCAAAUUUUCUGGGCAACAAUUACCUUGAGGAAGGCCCUACUGGAAAUGACAUUCAGAAGACAAAUGUAGCCCAAAUCCGUGUGGCCUAUCGCUAUGAAACCUGGUGUUAUGAACUCGAUUUAAUUGCUGAGGGUCUUAAAUCAGCAGAAUAAAACAAACAAACCAA